AUGAAGUGGUUGCUUCUCCUUACCUUGAUAGCGCUCUCCGAGUGCACCUCCUACAAGGUCCCGCUCACCAGAAAGAAGUCCUUGAGGCAGAAACUGAUCGAGAAUGGCAAGCUGAAGGACUUUCUGCAGAAUCGCCAGUACAACAUAGGCAGCAAGUACUUCCCCUCGGAGGCCACCACCUUGACGUCCGACCAGCCCCUUCAGAACUUCCUGGACAUGGAGUACUUCGGCACCAUCAGCAUUGGAACCCCCGCCCAGGACUUCACCGUCAUCUUUGACACUGGCUCCUCCAACCUGUGGGUGCCCUCCGUCUACUGCUCCAGUGUUGCCUGCACCAACCACAACCGCUUCAACCCUAAAAAGUCCUCCACCUUCAAGAGCACCAGCGAGACGGUCUCCAUUGCCUAUGGUACCGGCAGCAUGACAGGCAUCCUUGGAUACGACACAGUCCAGGUUGCAGGCAUCUCUGACACCAACCAGAUCUUUGGCCUGAGUAAGACAGAGCCUGGCUCCUUCCUGUACUAUGCUCCCUUCGACGGCAUCCUGGGCCUGGCCUACCCCAGCAUCUCCUCCUCCGGGGCCACCCCUGUUUUUGACAACAUGUGGAACCAGGGUCUGGUUUCCCAAGACCUCUUCUCCGUCUACCUGAGCAAAGAUGAUGAGAGCGGCAGCGUGGUGCAGUUCGGUGGCAUCGAUUCUUCUUACUACACGGGAACCCUGAACUGGGUGCCUGUUUCUUAUCAGGGUUAUUGGCAGAUCACCGUGGACAGCAUCACCAUGUCUGGAGAGCCCAUCGCUUGCAUGUCUGGCUGCCAGGCCAUCGUUGACACCGGUACCUCUCUGCUGUCCGGCCCGACCAAUGCCAUUGCCAACAUCCAGAGCUACAUUGGAGCCAGCGAGGGUCCCUACGGCAGCAUGGUGAUCAGCUGCUCCGCCAUCGACAGCCUUCCCGACAUCGUCUUCACAAUCAACGGUGUCCAGUACCCUGUUCCCGCAAAGGCCUACGUCCUGCAGAACCAGGGAAGCUGCAUGAGCGGAUUCCAGGGCAUGAACAUCCCCACCUUCUCCGGAGAGCUCUGGAUCUUGGGUGACAUCUUCAUCCGCCAGUACUACACCGUCUUUGACAGGGCCAACAACCAGGUCGGCCUGGCUCCCGUGGCCUGAGCCCGAGUCUUUCCGGCCGCUUCCCAGGAAGAUCCCGCCCUAGUUUCUGUCCCUGUUGGUCCUUCGAUGUAGAGAAUUCUCCUGAUUGUUCUUCCUCUGGGAUCGUGGAGGUGGAAUCUUGGCCCUGUUCCCUGUCACACCAAUAACGUAGAAUAAAUCAUAACCUCCUGGA